UGGAGAUCUCAUUUAUACUGAUGGCAUGUAUAGAACUGUCAACAUUGUGAAGAAUGAAGACAUAAAGGAGGUGAUCAGACUACAGAACUGGAGACCUCGCAAUGUCUGUAGCACUUCCUCUGCUGACCACCUGGUUACUAUGGAAAGUGAUGACAAAAAACAAUCGAAAGUUGUUCGAUAUUCUGGUUGCAUAGAGAAACAAACCAUUCAAUUUGAUGAUAAGGGUAAAGCUCUCUACUCAUCUGAUGGUUUUCGCCGAUACAAAUAUAUAUGUGAAAACAUGAACCUUGAUAUCUGUGUGGCUGAUUAUGAAGCUAAAGCAAUAGUUGUGGUCAAUCAGGCCGGGAAACUGAGAUUUAAAUAUACUGGACAUACUCCUGCUCCGAAGAAUAAACCAUUCAGUCCACGAGGAAUCACUACAGACAGUCAGAGUCACAUCCUUACAACUGAUUAUGAUAAUCGCUGUGUCCAUAUCAUGGACCACGAUGGACAGUUCCUACAUUACUUAACCUUUGGAAAGAAUAAACCAUAUGGAAUCUGUACAGAUGCAGUUGGCAAUCUGUUUGUUAUAUGCAAAGAAAAGGAUAAAGAAAUGGAUGACUUAUUUUAUACGCACAGUUGCAUCAAUGGUUUGGAGGACAAUAAAUACAAAAUACCAGAAGAAUCUGAUGAGACAACAGCUGUUCUUGUAUAA